AUGGAGAGGCUCUUGAAAGAGCUUGCUUUGGCUUCCAAGCUCUUGAAUGAUUUUAAGGCUAUGUAUGAAUACGAGAACCGUUUAAAAACCUUCACAAACUGGCCUUUUAAAGAGAACUGCAAGUGCACUCCGGAUAAUAUGGCAAAGGCGGGCUUUGUCCACUGUCCAAAUGCAAAUGAACCAGAUGUGGCAAAAUGUUUCUUUUGCUUGAUAGAACUGGAGGGCUGGGAACCAAAUGAUGACCCAUGGGAGGAACACACCAAACGUCACAGCUGUGGCUUUUUAUCCCUUACUAAGCGAUUUGAUGACCUGACAAUGGAGGAGUACUACAUGCUGGAGAUGACACGGCUGAGAACCUUCCUUUGCAAAACUGGCAGAAGCAUAAUAAACUCUUUUGAAGAAGAAGUCACCACAACUAGGCAGCGUCUUUUGGAUAACUUUGUCUCCAAGCAUCAGUAUACACCGCCGCCGCCAGUGCCUCUCCAUGCUGAUCCAUCUGCCCAACAUUCUGAAAGCUCAUACUGCCAGUCAAAAAAAAUCCAGAAGUGAAGUGUAAAGUCUGACUCUAAAAGUUUCUCUUCUUUAUAUGGUACAAACAUUCAUAUUUUUAUCUAAGUACUAAGAUAAAGCUAAACAGUUGUGUGAGGAAAUGUAGAGAAUUCCUUUCAUAGGCUCUCUGGAACAGAGGUCAUAACUGUUUAUACUAACUCCUAUCUUUCACAAUGUGCUUUGUCAUUAUGGCUAGGUGUGGACUAACAGUAGUCCCACUAACCUGUGAAUAUAUGAAAAAUGUCUAAGCAAAUACUUAUAUUCUGGUUUUUAGUAGGUUGACUUUUUUGGAAUAAAGAUUAACAACUGUGAGCAGCUAUUGUGAUCUAUACCACAUUCAAGCCUUACAGCUAGACAGACUCGAAUCAGAACAGUACCGCUUCAAAAUACUUUCCAUAGAAUGAAAUGGAUCUGUGUCUGCAAUAAUUGCUACCUUUAAGCACCUACAUUAUCUACACUCCCGCUUACCAUUAAAUUAUCUUCCUAGAUCAGACAAAAUUUACCAUAGAUAGUGACAUCCAUCAAAAAAGUUACAUAAGCAAAAAUAGCAGGAGUACUGAAAAAGGAAAGUCACGAGGCUUGUAAGACAGUCUCAAGGAGGAAGAGCCCUGGGGAUUUUGGUGUGUACACUGAAACUUAACAAAAGCUAAAGGCCUACCCUUCUCUUUUAAAAGUUUUUUUCAUUAUAAUUUCAAACUUGCUGGUUUUUUGAAAUCUCAUUAAUUCCUAUUUUCCUUUAUGAUAGACUGUUGUAGAAUGGUUGUAGACAACACAGUUGAAAUGCAUACUUGCAAAUACUUCUGGUUUCUAAGAUAGACAGACCUUUUUGAAUAAGGUGAAAGUUUCAUACAUACUUUAUCAGGUCUCAGGCAGCGAAUGAUAAGCAUCCUUUGGAACUCCCCCAAUGUGUCUUGCCACCCUGCAGGAAAAUCCUCAUGGUGGGGAUCCUAAAAACAUAUGUAUUUCAACAUUCUUUAAAGCAUUUGUGAAUUACCUAUAGUGAGAGUAAAUUAUCUUUUAACUUGA